GAUGAUAAACAUGCAAUGUGAACCGCAUACAGAAAUAAACGAAAAUGUUGUAGAAAUGCCAACCGUAGAAGUUAAUAUAAUCGAUGAAAAUGAAAAUUCAAUAGCUGAAUCUACAACUUUCGAAAACUCUAUUGGCGGAAUGCAGAUUUCGGUAGAUUCUGCCCCGGAAAUCCAAACCGUCGCCGAAGAAUCGAUUAACAAUUUGAUCGCAGUCACUUCUGACGAAAACAGAACUCUAGAUAUUGGAUAUAUAAAUCCUCAGAUAUAUCCCGAGCACAACCAAAAUCUUCAAGAUGAGAGAAGAGGUGUAUUCAGAAUCAUUAUCAAGUGUUUGCUCAUUGCUGUUGUGUGUUACUACCUCUAAAAGCCAGAAGUAAAAAUUUACAAUCUAAGAAUUUUCGUUAUUUAAUUAAUUUCUUAACUAGAAUGAAUCACAAAAAAUGGCUUCAGAUAGAAAAAUCUAUUAUUAUUAUUUAAUUUUUUAAUGAAGUUUUUUCUUCAAGCCAAUUUAACUGUUACUUCUGUGGUUGUGCUAAUGGCUAAAGAAUAGACUCGAAAAUGUAUAUUUUUGUAAAUGGUCUUAACUUCAAUAUAGAAGAUAUCCUGAGUUGUCAUGAAAAUGUAAUUAUAUUUAAUUACCAAAUUUGUCUGAAUGUAAGUCAUUUCAAAUAUAGGUGGCCCCUAAUUUUGUUUGUUUCUUUCUAAAAAAAAAAAGUUUCUCCUUAAUAUAUUACAAAUUGACCUAGAGAAUACCAAGUAUCAGUCUUAUUUGUGGGCAAAUCACAAACUCGACCACCUGUUGGUCAACCUCUUUGAAGCAACUGGAUUUAGGCCCACAAAGCAAUUUCCAUGUCUGAUGAAACUGUUCCAGUACAGACUUUGUUUUUCUCCGAUCACACGUUUUUCUCAAACCUGCGAAGCAUGUGGACAGCCAUACUGUUGUUGUUUUUCUCUGUAUAUGAGCUUGAACUUUACAUCAAAGUUUCUGAGAGAAUGUUCGGAUACUCAUUUUGACUGGGUUGAUUUUAGUUUUAGUUCAGUCAGAUCUUCAUUCAACAAUCCAUUUCCAUAUAUUAAGAAGAAAUGUGGACUGUCCAAAAUGUUAUAAUUCAGGAUUUCCUGCAACCUUGUAUAAAAGUGAAAUAUAGAGCAUAGAAUAUUGCUCCAUAGUUUAAUUAUAAUCUUAUAAAAAUAAUUUUAUUUGCAUAGAAUAUAUUGCCAUAAUUUAUUUUAUGAAAAAACUUCUAGAACAUGAUUAAGCACACUGAACAAUCAUUUUUCCCCACCUGUAUUUAGAUUCAGUAUAUGCAUUUAGGUCAAGAAUACAUUUUCAGGCCUAAGAUCGGAACAAAACCAUUGAUAUGUAUUUGGGCAAAUGUGUUACUGAAAAGUUAACAUUCUUGCUGGAACAUGCUAAGUUCUGCAUUUAAUUUUAAUAUAUUAUAAAAUUUGACAUUUAUUUGAGUAAAUGGAGACAAAAUUCUCCAAAAUAUAUCAGAUAUCUACAGAGAAAUAAGUUUUCUUUAAAGGAUCUGUCUGUGAAUUUACCUAAUUAUUUUGCUGUUUAUUUACUUUUAAAAUAUAUUUCUUUUGUUGCAAAAAUAGUUAAUUCUAAUCAAAGCAAAUUUUAAUUUAAAUCACUUGUUUGUCUGUGAAGUAAAUUCAAAGUAAAGUAAAGCUAUAUUUUAUUUUAUUACACUUAAAAAUAUAGUUUUAAUAUGUGCAUAUAAGAUUAUUUACAAAUAUUUUUGAUA